GUAGAGCGAAACGCGUUUCUGUGAGUAAUAUAACAAUAUCAACCUACAGCAUAUCAAAGACUUCGGAGCUUACCCUUUGCGACAACUGUAUAAAUGCAACAACUUAAUUGAAAUAUGCGGACCGAUCUUACGUUUAAAUGCAACACCAAUACUGCAUGUGCAUUGCUGGACACACGAUGAAAGCAACAUACAAAACAGUUGGUGAAGGGCUGUUGGUUUUAUCGAGAUCGCUUCUGAUUGCAUACCAACCACAUCUCAAUACUAGCAGCCUGUUGGUCUCAUUUCAGGUGCUGAUCAUGGCGGCAACGGCUGAGUCACCUGUGGCACUACUGGGCCGCAACGCAUCUAUGCUGCGACUGCUGGGGCUGUACCAACAAAAAAAUGACGGCAGUAGACUCAAAGCCGCUCUUCUCUCCGCUUUCUCUCUCAUCUUUCUCCUCUAUCAUCCGGUCUUUGCUGCCUUAAAGCUCUACAUGGACCCUCCAGAAGACCUAGUGGAUUCUGCAUUGUGCUCAUUCGCUUUCAUUAUCACUGAUGGUGUUUUUAUAAAGACUGCAAUUUUCAUCGCAGACAGAGGCAUGUUGCACCAGAUGCUGGAGGUACUGUCUGACUCCAGGAGGCUGUACGGUCGUCAAGAGGCAAGCAAGAAGAUUCGAGGACGUUACGAGGACCUCGCCGAACGAGUGCUGCUGUAUAUGCAGGUUAAGUUCUACGCUGAUGCACUGAAAUUUGCAAUGGUCCAUUGUGAAUUUACCUACGUAGUGUCGACGAUGGUGGCGUCCGUCGGCUGGCUGGCGGCCCCUCUCGUGUCCCGCGCGCUGCUCGCAGCCUCAGGCGAGUCCGGGGAAGUCCCGCGCAAACUGCCGCUGCCGGUCUGGCUGCCCCUGGACGUCCAGGCGUCGCCCACUUACGAGAUCCUCUACGUCGUAGAGGUCUACUGCGUCAUUCUCAGCGGCCUCGUCACCCUCUGUACAGACGUCCUCUUCAUUAGACUCAUGCUCAUGGUGACCGCCGAGCUUCACGUUCUGAACUACAAUGUUGCGACUAUGGCCAAGUGGAGUGAGAGAGUUUCAGAUGAACGACAUGGUUAUGGUCAUCAACAAAAUACUGAAGUCCAGGACUCCUACAUGGUAGGUAGAGCACUUCAAGUGGCAGAAACAUCCUAUGAAGAUGGCUCUGACGACCAGUUGUACCAACAACUAGUGACCAACGUUCGCCAUCAUCUGAUCAUCCUCAGAACUGUCAACCUCUUGGAGGCAGCAAUGAGCAAAUCGAUUAUAAUUCUCCUCUUCGUUAACAUGAGCGGCUUAUGUUUUAACCUCCUCGUUGUCGGUGUGGCCGGUGGGGGAGUGACACGACCCCUGACUCUGGCCGCCACGAUACCCUUCCUACUGUACCAGACUGGCAUGUUCUGCGUCUUCGGGCAGAUGGUAACCGACCAGAGCGAGGAACUGAUGAUUUCUGCAUUCAGAUGCGGAUGGAACGAGAGUGACGCCCGUUUUAGACACAGCCUGCUUAUCUUCAUGGCGAUGGUAAAUCGACCUCUAGAGAUCACAGUUGGCAAAACCUGCAUACUCUCCAGAGAGAUGUUCCUGCAGGUACUGAACGGAUCAUACACAUUGUUCAACAUGUUUUAUCAAGUUCAUAGUACUUCGUGAAAUAUUGGCACUGGCUGUGUUCUAGAAGGAGUCAACUCUUCAGUUCGUAAUUCAGGAAACCACUGCAAUCCCAUGACACACCACGACCAUAAAUUCCUGGUAGUUAGCAAUAGA